UGUAACUGUUGGCACAGCAAGCAAGAAUGGACUGCGACGGCCCCGACAUGGUUUGCUUCUUGGAGGACGAUCCGCCGUCCGAGGCAUUGGCAUCAUACGACAAGUUCGUCAAGUGGGUUCUCCACUCGCCCCCAAGUGCGCUCGACGAUUCAGGAGCAUGGCCCAAUGACUUUGACGUGCUUGACGUCAUGAUCAAGGCCGACGAAGCUCAGGCACCAAGCGUUGCCCUCGCGAAAUUCCAGUUGGCGGCCGCUGAGUCCAUCUCCGAAGAGCUCGUCGAUACCCUAUUCGAGCUCGAACGUGAGGGCGACGAGGUGCUUGAGCUAGUGGACCAGCUUGAGCUCGAACAACUCAACUACCAAGCUACAAUCAUGCGGCUGGAGAAGACGAUUUUGCGGCAGCUACAAGACCGAGAAGAGUCCAUUGCCGAUCAGUUUGCUCUGGAGCAAACAAUUGCCCGAUUGCACACCGAUGACGUGCCAGCAAGAAGUCGCAAGGGCUUGGGAAUCUCGCUCAAUUUUGGAUGGCCGCGAGGUCGGUCCGACACUAAAGAAUGCGUCAAGAAAGAAAUCGAGCUGCAUGAGAAGCUGCUUGCUCAUGAAAAGCUAUCGUUGGCUGAAGCCAAGGCAGACUUGGACCAAGAGAGGUUUAGUACCCGGGCGCUGGAGAAGCGAUGCGCCCGUUUGAAGUUGGAACUCGCCGCAGCCACCAUCGCAGAAGACGUAUUUCGAAGCCAACUGGACGCUGCCAAUUCGACUCACCAAGCGCUGCUGACCAAGCUGAGCCUGGUGCCACAAAUCGCAACAAAGGUUUACAAGGCCAAACUUCACGCCAAAAUGGACCAACAACCGACUCCACUUAUCCCCCCGAGCUACGGCAGUGGCGGUAGCAAUGAGCCAAGUAGCAUUAGCCAAGCUCUUGGGCAGCAGUAGCUUUAUUCGUACGCUUCUCUCUUCAGAUCGACUCUGGACUCAUAAUAUCUUGAUCGUGGUGCUCAUCUCAGCCAUCUUUUUCUUGAAGUUUCAAUAGAAUCCCACCUAAUUUCCCG